UUGUCGCGGGUUGAAAUUUUGCAGGGUUGUUGAAAUCAAAUUUAGGGACUUUACUGACGGGACUCUGGGCUGGCUGCUCUGUUCACUCGUCAGCGCAAGUGGCGUGACCAAGUAAUUGGGGCACGGGGCCGGCGCGGCGCGCUGCGGGCUUGCAGAAUUUUGUUUGUUUGUUUGGCCGCACGCUGGCGCAGCCACGGGCCGCAGUUACUGGGGCGCGCUGUCGUAACAAGCCGCGCGGUGUGGCCUGCACAUUGGGGUAGAGGGGGGGUAGUCUUCCCAGAUGUUCUAGUUAGUUGUUUAGUAAAUUUGACUUCAAUAACGAGCUUUUGUUAUGGUAGGCGCGGCAGGGCGCGCGAAUUUAAGCGCAAGUGAUUGGUGACUCGGGGCUCACUCAGGCGGAGGCUAUGCGUCUCACCUGUGGUCACGAGUUGUUAGUUCGUUCGUGAUGUAGGAAUUCAGGCUCACUCAGGCGGAGGCUAUGCGUCUCACCUGUGGUCACGAGUUGUUAGUUCGUUCGUGAUGUAGGAAUUCAAGCUUUCGGGCGGAAGCUAUGGUCGACGCCAGAGGCCACGAGUCGUUUAAUUUAAGUUAGGUCAUAAUGUAGUCGUCAAGCUUUCGGGCGGAGGCUAUGGCCCUCGUCAGGGGUCACGCGUCAUAGUUUUUAAAAUGUAAUGUUCGUUCGGGAUUUCAAGGGCAGGAGAGGCCCCUACGUUAUUUUUUUAAAGUAAUCGAUCAAGAAAGGCUUUUCGGAAAAUGUGAGUAUGGACUUAUCUUUGUUUUAAUUUUAAGUAUUAAUUAUGAUUUGAGGUAUUCGGAAGGACUAGGGAAGUGUUUAGUGAAGUUCUCUCAUUCUCUCUCUUGUAAGGUCGUUCAAUCGUUAAGGAAGUAAAGAGAUUAUUGUUUUAAAUUGUAAUCCUGCUAUUUAAAUGUUCUUUAAAAUGAUGUUGAGUAUUUGACUUUAAGAAUAAAAUAAUUUUAAUUAAGUAUUAUGUUAUUUUGCAAAAUCUCCUUAGUUCAGCUCUCACCAGACAUCCUGUACGGGAUGACGAACCUAUGAUCCUAGGUACAGUAAAGUAUUUUAUGAAGUUAAGACUAGUUGAUGCCAAGCGAGUUGUUUCUAUGUAAAGAGCUACGAUUCUCGCCCCCCCCCCCCCUCUGAAGGUGGAUCGUGACAGAAAUGGUAGAGUUCGCCGGAUAGGUUCUAUUUCUGGAGAGAGAGAGAGGUAGAUUUUUAUGUUUAUUAUUAAGUUAGUUUCAGCUUCUGAUAGCAGGUUAUUAAGAGUUUACUUGAGGAGAGGAUUACGGAAUUUUAGUCUAUAGUGGAGGAAGUCUUUGAGAUUUUUUUUUUGACGUAACAGAUGUUUAUUUGAGUAUACUUGUAAGGAUAAAGUUUAUAGUGAUAAGUUGUUUUAAGUCGUUGAGUUUAUCAGGGAUUUUUACGUGAGGAGAAUACGUUAUAAUUUAAAUGAUUAAUAGAGAUAAUGCAAGUGGUUUAAUUUAAUUGAAAUUAAUUUUAAGAUUGUAGGUUAAGAGAGUUAAAAUUUAAAAUAAAGUUUUUUUCGUAAAUAGGAAUUAUUUUCAAGAGAAGUUUGUUUUGUUUUCGUGCGCGUAGGAGACGAGACGUACGAAUUAAAUCAGUCGAGGGAAGGAUAAACGUUAGAAAGGAAUUAAAGAGAAAACGAGAGUUUAUGUAAAAGAGAGUUAUAGAAUUUAUAGUGAUGUUUUGUUUUAAUUAGAAAAAUGUUGAGAGUUGUUUCAGAACGACACGUCAGUGGACGUGGCAGAGUGAACACGUGACGGGGAGGUGCUGAGACCUAGCGGAGAACGGAGGAACCGCAAGCGAGGGUUGGCGCACCUGAUGGAAUUCGGUGACGUCACGGGCUCAUACGGAGACGUGGACAGGCCGUGACCUUGUUUUGAUCAGCUGUACGGUAACUUAGCGAUAAGAAAAUAGACUAUUGGUUAAAUAAAUUUAAAUUUAAGUGUGUUUUAGGAGAAGAGGAACUUUCAGUAUAUUCCUUAAGAUGAGCUGAGCAGCAGUCCAGUUUACAAGAUGACAAGAGUUCGAGAGACAAGAUACAAGAUCACUGAAACAAGAGCCAAGACUGAAGAUUCAAGAGAAGAGAAAGCUGGCAGCCAUGGACUUACAAGUGGAGAUUAAUAAGAUCUUCAUAUUGGCGAACCAUGCUGUUCAGUCAUACACGUGCACUGCAAGUGGACGAUUUGCCGCUUCCAACUGUGCGAACUAUUAUUUGUGCGUUGAAACAUCUACUGGAUACUCUGCAUAUAUUUAUUCUUGCCCCGGAAGCUCUAAAUUCAACUCUGAAACUGGAAAGUGUACCUAUGCCUCAGUGGAUUGCGCCACUUCAACCACUUCUACAACAACUGAGUCAACUUCUACGACAGAAGGUUAUACGUGUACCAGCUCUGGAAGAUACGCUGUCCCGUCAAACUGUUCUUUGUACUAUCUGUGUGUUGAGACUACAAGUGGAUACUCUGCCUUUCUCUACACAUGUCCUGCUAACACGAAAUUCAACUCUGCUACCGGCCAGUGCACGGCCAAGAAUAUUACAUGUUCCGCAAGUACGACCACAACCUCCACAACAAUGGCCACUUCAACUGUCACUCAACCAUUCCAGUGUAGUGCUUCAGGACGAUAUGCUGUGGACUCCAACUGUUCUCAAUACUACCUCUGCGUAAAGACAACGAGUGGAUAUUCAGCAUACUUGUAUACGUGUCCUUCAAACUCAUACUUUAGUACUGUUCUCGGAAUGUGUUCUUUUUCAAACAGUUCAUGUUACACAACAUCUACAUCUAGCUAUUCAACUAGUACUACAACAAAGAUAACUUCCACUACCACACAAUCAAACACUACUUCUUCAUCAACAACUAACCCAUUAACUACCACUUCCCCAACAACUACAACUACUCUAAGAACCACUACACCCACAUCAUCCACUACAACCCCAUCAUCCACUACCACUCCAUCAACCACUAUCACUCCAUCGACCACUGCUCCUCCAUCGUCCACUACCACUGCGUCGACCACUACCACUCCAACAACCACUACCACUCGAUCAACCACUACCACUCCAUCAACAACUGUCACUCUAUCGACCAAUACCACUCCAUCGACCACUGCCACUCCAUCGACCACUGCCACUCCAUCGACCAAUACCACUCUAUCGACCAAUACCACUCCAUCGACCACUACCUCGACCAAUGUCACUCUAUCAACCACUACCUCUCCCUCAACCACUACUACUCCAUCGAACACUGCCCCUCAAUCGACCACUGCCACUCAAUCGACCACUUCUACUCCAUCGACCACUAUCACUCAAUCGACCACUGCCACUCAAUCGACCACUUCCACUCCAUCAACAACUAACACUCAUUUGACCACCACCACUAAAUCGACCACUUCCACUCCAUCGACCACUUCCACUCCAUCGACUACUUAUACUCCAUCUACCACUACCACUCUAUUGACCAAUACCACUCCAUCAACCACUGCCACUCCAUCGACCAAUACCACUUCAUCGACCACUACUACUGCAUCUACCACUACCACUCCAUCGACCACUACCAUUCCAUCGACCAUUACCAUUCCAUCAACCACUACCACUCCAUCGACCACUUCAACUCAAUCGACCACUGCCCCUCAAUCGACCACUUCAACUCCAUCAAACACUUCCACUCCAUCAACCACUUCCACUCCAUCAAUCACUAUCACUCUAUCGACCACUACCUCGACCAAUACCACUCCAUCGACCACUACCUCGACCAAUGCCACUCUAUCAACCACUUCCUCUCCAUCAACCACUACCACUCCAUCGACCACUGCCCCUCAAUCGACCACUGCCACUCAAUCGACUACUGCCACUCAAUCUAACUAUAUAACUCAAUCGACCACUGCCACUCAAUCGACCACUUCCACUCAAUCGACCACUUCCACUCCAUCAACCACUAACACUCCUUUGACCACUACCACUAAAUCGACCACUUCCACUACAUCCACCACUUCCACUCCUUCGACCACUUCCACUUAUUCGACCACCACCUCUCCAUCUACCACUACCACUCCAUCAACCACUACCACUCCAUCAACCACUACCACUCCAUCGACCACUGCCACUCAAUCGACCACUUCCACUCAAUCGACCACUUCCACUCCAUCAACAACUAACACUCAUUUGACCACCAUUACUAAAUCGACCACUUCCACUCCAUCGACCACUUCCACUCCAUCGACUACUUAUACUCCAUCUACCACUACCACUCUAUUGACCAAUACCACUCCAUCAACCACUGCCACUCCAUCGACCAAUACCACUUCAUCGACCACUACUACUGCAUCUACCACUACCACUCCAUCGACCACUACCAUUCCAUCGACCAUUACCAUUCCAUCAACCACUACCACUCCAUCGACCACUUCAACUCAAUCGACCACUGCCCCUCAAUCGACCACUUCAACUCCAUCAAACACUUCCACUCCAUCAACCACUUCCACUCCAUCAAUCACUAUCACUCUAUCGACCACUACCUCGACCAAUACCACUCCAUCGACCACUACCUCGACCAAUGCCACUCUAUCAACCACUUCCUCUCCAUCAACCACUACCACUCCAUCGACCACUGCCCCUCAAUCGACCACUGCCACUCAAUCGACUACUGCCACUCAAUCUAACUAUAUAACUCAAUCGACCACUGCCACUCCAUCGACCACUGCCACUCAAUCGACCACUUCCACUCAAUCGACCACUUCCACUCCAUCAACCACUAACACUCCUUUGACCACUACCACUAAAUCGACCACUUCCACUACAUCCACCACUUCCACUCCUUCGACCACUUCCACUUAUUCGACCACCACCUCUCCAUCUACCACUACCACUCCAUCAACCACUACCACUCCAUCAACCACUACCACUCCAUCGACCACUGCCACUCAAUCGACCACUUCCACUCCAUUAACCACUUAUACUCCAUCAACCACUUACACUCCAUCAACCACUUACACUCCAUCAACCACUUACACUCCAUCAACCACUUACACUCCAUCAACCACUUCCACACCAUCAACCACUUUCACUCCAUCAAACACUUCCACUCCAUCAAUCACUAUCACUCAAUCGACCACUGCAAUUCAAUCGACCACUACCAUUAAAUCGACCACAUUUACUCCAUCGACCACUACCACUCCAUUGACCACUACCACUCCAUUGACCACUACCACUCUAUCGACCAAUACCACUCCAUUGAACACUGCCACUCCAUCGACCAAUACCAUUCCAUCGACCACUGCCACUGCAUCGACCACUACCAUUCCAUCGACCACUGCCACUCCAUCGACCACUGCCACUCCAUCGACCAAUACCACUCCAUCGACCAAUACCACUCCAUCGACCACUACCUCGACCAAUGUCACUCUAUCAACCACUACCUCUCCCUCAACCACUACUACUACAUCGAACACUGCCCCUCAAUCGACCACUGCCACUCAAUCGACCACUUCUACUCCAUCGACCACUAUCACUCAAUCGACCACUUCCACUCAAUCGACCACUUCCACUCCAUCAACAACUAACACUCAUUUGACCACCAUUACUAAAUCGACCACUUCCACUCCAUCGACCACUUCCACUCCAUCGACUACUUAUACUCCAUCUACCACUACCACUCUAUUGACCAAUACCACUCCAUCAACCACUGCCACUCCAUCGACCAAUACCACUUCAUCGACCACUACUACUGCAUCUACCACUACCACUCCAUCGACCACUACCAUUCCAUCGACCAUUACCAUUCCAUCAACCACUACCACUCCAUCGACCACUUCAACUCAAUCGACCACUGCCCCUCAAUCGACCACUUCAACUCCAUCAAACACUUCCACUCCAUCAACCACUUCCACUCCAUCAAUCACUAUCACUCUAUCGACCACUACCUCGACCAAUACCACUCCAUCGACCACUACCUCGACCAAUGCCACUCUAUCAACCACUUCCUCUCCAUCAACCACUACCACUCCAUCGACCACUGCCCCUCAAUCGACCACUGCCACUCAAUCGACUACUGCCACUCAAUCGAACUAUAUAACUCAAUCGACCACUGCCACUCCAUCGACCACUGCCACUCAAUCGACCACUUCCACUCAAUCGACCACUUCCACUCCAUCAACCACUAACACUCCUUUGACCACUACCUCUAAAUCGACCACUUCCACUAUAUCCACCACUUCCACUCCUUCGACCACUUCCACUUAUUCGACCACCACCUCUCCAUCUACCACUACCACUCCAUCAACCACUACCACUCCAUCAACCACUACCACUCCAUCGACCACUGCCACUCAAUCGACCACUUCCACUCCAUUAACCACUUAUACUCCAUCAACCACUUACACUCCAUCAACCACUUACACUCCAUCAACCACUUACACUCCAUCAACCACUUACACUCCAUCAACCACUUUCACUCCAUCAACCACUUUCACUCCAUCAAUCACUAUCACUCAAUCGACCACUGCAAUUCAAUCGACCACUACCAUUAAAUCGACCACAUUUACUCCAUCGACCACUACCACUCCAUUGACCACUACCACUCUAUCGACCAAUACCACUCCAUUGAACACUGCCACUCCAUCGACCAAUACCAUUCCAUCGACCACUGCCACUGCAUCGACCACUACCAUUCCAUCGACCACUACCACUCCAUCGACCACUACCACUCCAUCGACCACUACCAUUCCAUCGACCACUACCACUACAUCGACCACUACCACUCCAUCGAACACUACCACUCUAUCGGCCACGGCCACUCAAUCGACCACUGCCACUCAAUCGGCCACUUCCAUUCCAUCAACCACUUCCACUCCAUCAACCACUUCCACUCCAUCAACCACUAUCACUCCAUCGACCACUGCCACUCAAUCAACCACUUCCACUACAUCAAACACUGACAAUCCUUUGACCACUACCACUAAAUCGACCAGUUUCACUCCUUCGACCACUUCCACUCCAUCGACCACUACCACUCUAUCGACCAAUAUCCCUCCAUUGACCACUGCCACUCCAUCGACCAAUACCAUUCCAUCGACCACUGCCACAGGAUCGACAACUACCACUCCAUCGACCACUACCACUCCAUCGACCACUACCACUCUAUCGACCACUUCCUCUCCAUCAACCACUACCACUCCAUCGACCACUGCCCCUCAAUCGACCACUGCAACUCAAUCGACCACUACCAUUAAAUCGACCACUUUUACUCCAUCGACCACUACCACUCCAUCGACCACUACCACUCUAUCGACCAAUACCACUCCAAUGACCACUGCCACUCCAUCGACCAAUACCAUUCCAUCGACCACUGCCACUGCAUCGACCACUACUACUCCAUCGACCACUACCACUACAUCGACCACUAUCGCUCCAUCGACCACUACCUCGACCAAUGCCACUCAAUCAACUACUACCACUCCAUCAACCACUACCACUCCAUCAACCACUACCACUCCAUCAACCAAUACCACUCCAUCAACCACUGGCUCUCCAUCAACCACUAUCACUCCAUCGAUCACUGCCACUUAAUCGACUACUUCCACUCCAUCAACCACUACCAUUCCAUCGACCAAUACCACUCCAUCGACCACUGCCACUCCAUCGACCACUGCCACUCCAUCGAC